AAUAAAUAAUUGAAAUUAAAAUAAUUUAUUAAAAAGUAAAAAGUUUCUGCUUAGAAAUAACAACAAAUGCAAGAGAUCUGGUGUUUCUUCAAGAUACUCGAAGUGCUGCUGGGCAUUGCUUGCCUCACAUUUCACGUGGUCGGCUUUUUACGCAACGAACCGUUGCCGCACAAUCUCUUCUAUUGCGGCACAUUUGCCAGUUUCAUGAUCUACUCAGCUUUGGGUAUACUCAAUAAUCUGUUUGGACGUGGUCCCACCGCAAGAAUGGAGGCUGUGACCACCACUUUGGGUGCUGUAAUGCAUUUCACCGCCUCACUGCUGUCAAUGUAUCAUGCGGAGAAUGACUUUCAUUUACUCUUUCUCACCGAUAUGGAGGAGCCGAAUCAUCGCUACUUUUUCUAUUGCAAAGCGCAAAGUAUUGCCGCACUCACCACGGGCGGCAUGUAUAUGUUGCAUGCCACAUACGCCUACGAUGCAAGUUUCAUACGCCUGAAGCGCGAAACGCCUGCUGGCGUCUCGGAUGAUGGGGAAACUGAAGAUGAAAUCGAAUUUGUGCAACGCCAUAGGACUCACAUUGAGAUGUUUGUAUUCGGAAAAUGGGUUCAUACGCAGCUGUUAAGCUACGAGUGGUUUCGUAAAUUAGCCGAAAAGCGGUGAUUGAGCUUUUAUGAC